AUGAAUCUGAUGGAGUUUAAUCAAUCUGAUCGCUGUGUGAAUUUCUCCUGUCCAGAGAGAUCUGUAUCUCCUGCAGUUUAUAUCUUACUGUACGUGUGUUCAGCUGCUGUGGUUCUUCUAACAGUGUGUGGAAAUCUGCUCGUCAUCAUCUCUGUUUCUCACUUCAAGCAGCUUCACACACCAACAAACACACUCGUGUUCUCUCUGGCCGUGUCAGAUUUCCUUGUUGGCAUUUUUGUAAUGCCGCCGAUGUUCAGCUGGGCUAUUGAAACCUGCUGGAUAUUUGGGAGAGAUUUCUGCUCUGUCUUUUGGUUGAUUACUUGUUUCAUCACAAAUGUUUCAAUCUAUAAUAUUGCUCUGAUUGCUGUGGAUCGAUAUUUGGCUCUCUCAAACCCCUUUCUCUACAUGAACCAUGUCUCUGUGAGGAUCAUUUGUGUUGUAAUUGUCUUUGACUGGGGUGUAGUGAUGGUCUAUAACUUGGCACUCAUAUAUUUCAAUGGAAACUUCACAAGCUCUCUUAUGUGUCCUGGAGAGUCUUAUCUCUUCCUGAAUGAGGUUUGGACUGUAAUUGAUCUUGUAAUAACAUUCAUAUUUCCACUUUCUGUCAUAAUCAUAUUGUAUACUCAUGUUUUUUUGAUUGCUAAGAAACACACCACUGCUAUCAGAGAGCUUAAUAAUCACACACGGCCUGAAACACAGAAAAUCACAUCACACUCAACGAAAUCUGACAGAAAAGCAGCUAAAGUCCUCGGCAUUUUAGUGUCUGUGUUUCUGAUCUGUUUACUUCCAUUUUUUAUUUACAAUUUAUUAGGUUAUGUGAUUGAACUGCAGGCAGAAACAUUACAAAAACUCUCAAUCUUGUUUUGUCUUAAUUCCACCAUUAAUCCGGUAAUUUAUGCUCUGUUUUACCCGUGGUUCAGGAGAUGCUUUAAAUUAAGUAUAACACUGCAAAUAUUCCAGAAUGACUCUACAUUAAUCAAUGUACUUUCAUGA